GUCAUUUCCACGUUUCAUUUGCAUGUGCAAUGUAUUUUCGUAGAGCUAUCUCAAAACAUUUCAAAUGCAGUUUACAUCAUCUCCCUUUUUCAUUGUUGAAUUUGUAUCUCCACAUGCAGUCGGAUUUUAGAUGUAACCUUUAUGAAUGGGAGCCGUGAAUAUUAAUUGGACAUGGUAUAAAGAGUAUUCGUUAUUGUCCCAAACGCUUUGAAAGAUAGAUAAAUUCAGGUGGCUUUUAUUCGCAGUUGAACUUUCGUCAAGCAGGUACUAGAAAACGUACGUUUUAGUGUAACGUUUUUGUUAGGCUUCGUUCACAAAGGGUUAACAAGUUUUCGUUCGUCGUUCAUCAGAAGCAUCUCUACGGUGUAAAUGGCUCAUAAGCAUUCAAAGCCACGAGCAUAGACGUAAAUGCUGGCAUCUUCUUUCAUCCAGCCGGAUAGGCUAUACAUGUAUUUGAGCUGUCUUGGGCGGAUGCAAAUGAGCCAUGAAUGAGACAGCGCGGAAGAGUUUUAGCUACGACACGCAUAAAAUCUUACACGUUUCCAUGAUUGCCAUCGUUAUGAUUGGUUCUAUAGUUGGGAACAGCAUUAUUUGCUUUCUUCUUGUCAGAUUCAAGACUUUGCGAACAGUUCCCAAUAUCCUUAUUGUAAACUUGGCCUUCAUUGAUAUUUUAAACGCAGUGACCAACAUGCCACUGAUGAUCAUGUGGUACAUAUAUCAAGUUCCGUAUUUGAAAGGACGUGAAAUCUCCUGGUUCAUAGUGACAUGGUACGUGCUUUUCAUGUACCUCACCGUAUUUAAUCUGACGGUGCUUACAAUGGACCGCUUCGGAGCCAUUGUCCACGGAAUUCAUUAUCACUCGUGGAAGACAAUCAACAAGGCGAAAGCAGCAGUGUUUUUUGUGUGGAUUUCUUCCGCUGCCUAUACGUAUGGAAUGUUCACUUUGGGACUGGACAUCGACCUUGGUGACGCCCCAGUGCUUCUGUACAGAAUACAUUAUUUGAAGAAAUUUGGAAGGCAUUUUAUCAUUCCAGGGUAUGUUGUACCUUUCACGAUCAUGGUAGUUAUGGGAGUGACGAUUUGGCGAACCGUGCAUAACCAUAGCAGACGCAUUUCGGCGUACUCUUCUACGGGAAAACAGACCAAAAAUGACGUGAAGACAGCAAAGACGAUCGGCUUGACUGUAGUUGCUUUUUUCUGCAUGGGUGUAUUACCGAUGUUGCUACACAACAUAUCUAAAGUUCACGGUUCAUGGCCUCAUUUCCUCGCUUUCUUUCUCAAUCAUCUAAACAGUAUGGCAAAUCCGAUCAUUUACUCUCUGAAGACACCUCGGUUUCGUAAGGCGUUUAUUCUGUUCUUGAAGGAACCUUUGGGCAAGUCCCAGCCACUGAUGGCUUCCAAGAAUCGGAUGGAUCUCAAUUCCACAACGAGGAAUUUAUCUUCGAAAGUGGAUAUGUUUCACACCCAGAUCUCAUCUGUUUAAAUCUUGAUGAUAAAUUCUCUUUGCGUAUCACUUUUGUUCCAUUGCACAGCAGUAAUAGUUUGAAAAGGUCAACUCGACGUUUAUUGAAUAUGUAACAAGAAUUGGGUUGAGAUUGUUAUUAGGAUACAGUUCACCAGCGUGGACAUUGGAAAAACCCAUAUUUGACGAAAUUCAUCGUUUACAUUUAUUUUUGAUCCAUAAUCUAAAGAUUUCCCUAAGGUUACCUAAGCCAUGAAAAGCAAAGUAACAUUUAUCUUUUACACAGAGUUCCUACAAACUCUCUCCACAACGAGGAAUUUAUCUUCGAAAGUGGAUAUGUUUCACACGCAGAUCUCAUCUGUUAAAAUCUUGAUGAUAAAUUCUCUUUGCGUAGUUUAAAAUCGUCAACUCGACGUCUACUGAAUAUGUACGUUCAAAGUCGCCUAGCGAAGUUUAUUUCUUUUGUGGUUUUACUUCAUAUGCACAGAUACUAAUCUUCACAAGUUGUCUCCCCGGCCUGCGGGAAGACAACUUUAGUUGUGAAGAUCGAGUGAAACUCUUUCCUUGUUUACGGGUUUUACUUAAGAUGCACAGACGUAAAGGAUAAACAGGAUUGUUUAACGAGUUCAUGUCGUGAGUUGCUGGGCAUCUUGAAAGUCUUGGUGAAUGCUGUAGUCAUGGUUGGAUCUAUAGUAGGAAAAGGAAUAACAUGCCUCCUACUUAUCAGAUUCAGAACUUUAAGAACAGUUCCCAACAUCCUCAUCCUCAUAUAUAUGAAGUAUAUAUUUAUUUCUCUUUUACACAGAAUUUCCACGAGGGCGUAUAAGUUGAGGUUAUGAAAUAUUUCCUUGAAAUAGCAUCUUUUUCCUUCUGCUAUCGUUAUUAAUAUUAAUUCCCGCUGGUGGCAAUUUUCAUUUUCAGGCUUUAUUUACACAUGCCUAGAAUAAUCAAUAACUGUCUUCCGCUGUCAAUCUCUCAAAAAAAUCUAGUAACUUCUUUGCCUUUCAUCCUGCACUUCGUAUCACUUGAAGAUUUCAAAACAUGAAGCUGUCCGUGAACCACGCAGAUGUCCUUACGUUUUGAAAUCUAUCCAUUGAAGAAAAAUAAAGCCACUUCUAAAAGAAAAUUAAAACUGUGUAACCGCUCUGUCAUUAAGUUUCUUCCUCUAGAGUAAAAAUUCACAUGAUCAUAUAAUUUGAGGUGGAAGACCUUGUACAAGAACAUUUGUACUGGACAUGUUAAGGUUGCAGCUGUCUAGUGUUUCGUUCAAGUGUAGGAAUAAAGUUGAAAUAUGAAGUAAGUAAAGUAAUUUUUUUUACAUCUUAAAUUUUCUCAGCGUUAACUAGCAAUAUGUUUUCAGACAUGAUUAGGGGAUGUUACAAUAGAGAACUUAAGCAGAGAAAUACUCUAGACGCAAAUGGCAUGACGCAAAUUGACAAAGGCCGCUUUGACAAAGCCACCUUGACGCAAAUGAAUCGACCGUCCGAUGUGACUCUAACAUUCUAAACCAAAUUGUGCUAAUCAUAGUUAGCAUCAGGAGUGAGUAGUUUUAACUUUCUAUUGACGUCCGCCUAAUAUGACGUUGUUUUCAACUUUACCCGAGGUCAACUUCUCAAUGUUAUCUUUACCAUCCCGAAUUUUCGAUUGCGCCGCACAAGGAACGCUAAAGAGCAGGAAUUCAGAAUAAUGUAACGGCAAGGUAAAUAUAUAUAUUGUAUUCACUGAAAAAUAUUUUACAGAAAGAAGUCCUUAUUAU